GAAAACCAACAAUCCCAAUAAUUGUCGAGCCAACCUGGAGACACCGAAAAUUUCUGCGAAAAGUCACAAAUUUCAGACAGCGGGAAAGAAAAUUCCCAGCAUUUCUUCUUUUUUGUUUUCUCCUUCUCCAUUUGCUUUUUCUUCUGAUUCAUUAAUGGCGAUUUAGUCUAAGCAUAAGCAUCCGUUGAUGUUAGUGAGAAUUACUCUAUAUUAGGCUCAAAGAAGACAUGGGUCAUCACCACACGCAGCACCACCAUCACAACACCAGCGAUGGCGUUUCUCAGCGGGUACACAGCCCCCGCUUCUCGAGUCUCAAUGUGACUCGACGGGCACACUCGUUCAAGCGGAAUGGGAAUACCCAGAACAGCGCUGGAAACAACGGCGGCGGCAACAACAACAACGGGAACGGCAACAGUUUGAGUGUUCAUCACGAGAUUGAUCUGCAUUUGAACUCGCCCAGAUCUGAGGUGGGACUGGGAUCCAACUCAGCGCCGGUGGAUGGGUUGAGCCAGAGAGUUAAUGGGGGUGUGGGAAAGGGUCUGCUAAGAAAACCCAGUGUUGGAUCUACGGUGUUCGAGUUGGGGUUGAAGGAGAGGAAGAAGCUCGGGCACUGGAUGUUCUUUACGUUUUGUGGGUUGUGCUUGUUUUUGGGUGUUUUCAAGAUUUGUACAACUGGGUGGUUUGGAUCCACCAUUGAAAGUGUUGCCUUCAAUCAGGAAUUUUCUGGUUCCUCCAUUACUCUGUUACAACAAGCGUCUCAUGAUUAUAGAUAUAGGGACAGAGGAAACGAUGUAGAACGGACUUUAAAGACAAUGGCAUCGGGUGAAAUUAAUAGCCAGGACACCACUGAACAUUUAGGUAUUUGGUCCCAACCCAACAGUGAGAAUUUCACCCAGUGCAUUGACCAUUCAAAGAGUCACAAAAAAUUAGACGCAAAGACAAAUGGCUAUAUUCUCAGCAAUGCUAAUGGUGGUUUGAAUCAGAUGAGAUUUGGGAUUUGCGAUAUGGUUGCUAUUGCUAAGAUUAUGAAGGCAACACUUGUCCUUCCUUCACUCGAUCAUACAUCCUACUGGGCUGACGAGAGUGGCUUUAAAGAUCUCUUUGACUGGCAACACUUCAUUGAAACACUAAAGGAUGAUAUCCACAUAGUUGAGGAAUUACCGCCAGCCUAUUCUAAAAUUGAACCAUUUAACAAAACACCAAUAUCUUGGUCUAAGGUUAGCUAUUAUAAAAAAGAGGUUCUGCCCCUGUUGAAGCAGCACAAAGUGAUCUAUUUUACUCACACUGAUUCAAGGCUUGCCAACAAUGAUCUCCCAAGUUCCAUUCAAAUGCUGAGGUGUCGUGUAAAUUAUGUGGCACUAAAAUAUUCAGCUCCAAUUCAACAACUUGGAAACACCUUGAUUUCUAGGAUGCGUGAGAAUGGAGGCCCAUAUCUUGCUCUCCACUUGAGGUACGAAAAGGAUAUGUUGGCAUUUACAGGCUGCAGUCAUAAUUUGACAACAGAAGAAGAUGAUGAGCUGCACAGGAUGCGUUAUGAAGUCAGCCACUGGAAAGAGAAAGAGAUUAAUGGUACAGAGAGAAGGUUGCUUGGAGGUUGCCCAUUGACACCAAGGGAAACUUCACUUUUGCUUACAGCACUGGGCUUCCCUUCAAGCACCCGGAUUUACUUGGUAUCAGGUGAAUCUUAUGGGAAUGGAAGCAUGCAAUAUCUUACAAAUGACUUUCCUAAUAUAUUCUCACAUUCCUCCCUUGCCACGGAGGAGGAGUUAAAGCCUUUUGAGAAUCACCGGAACAUGCUGGCUGGUUUAGACUACAUUGUUGCCCUUCAAAGUGACGUAUUUGUUUAUACUUAUGAUGGAAAUAUGGCAAAGGCAGUUCAAGGUCAUAGGCGAUUUGAGAACUUCAAGAAGACUAUCAAUCCAGAAAAGAUGAAUUUUGUUAAGCUUGUGGAUCAAUACGAUGAGGGGAAAAUUUCUUGGAAGAAAUUCAGCUCCAAAGUGAAAAGGCUUCACAAAGAUAGAGUUGGGGCACCAUAUCAUAGAGAGGCUGGAGAGUUUCCAAAACUGGAGGAGAAUUUUUAUGCAAAUUCUCUUCCAGGAUGUAUCUGUGAGAGAACAGAAGAUAGAACUUUACAAAUUACAAUUUAGGAUCUGUGAAUUCUUAUAGCUCAUUUAAGAAGAUCCAAAAGGAAGGAUGUCUUGCCAUUGUUCCAAACAUACCAUUCUGGAAGGAGACAAUCUUACUUGCUCAAAACUUGGACUAAUUCCAACAAAUUCAUUGGAUAACGCCUGGUCAGUUGAGGUAAUCUCUUAGUUUGCAUACAACCUAUUGCAUUGACGUAGCAAAGGUGCUGCAGAUAUACAUCUGGUAUACCGUUCUCAAAGAAGGUGAUAUACUUUCCCAUACUGAAAUUUGAUAUCUUCCCCUGUCUGCUGUACACGUUUCUCCUUGGCUUGGGUUUCGGUGGUAUAAAAGAGAAAUGGAGGUUGAAUAAUUUGUGGGGGAUAUAUUGGGGGAGAUGCCAACUUGAUUGUAUUACUUUUGGAUAACGAUAAUACCACUUAGGAAAAUUUAAUUCUUUUUAAUUAAUUUAAGGAAAAUAU